AUGGACAACUAUCGAUACACAUCUUUGAGAGGUACAAUCCCCCUCGAGGUUGGGCACCUACAAAAUCUAGAGUCACUAAAUGUGAUGUCCAACUAUCUCCCUAGCAUCAUUCCAUCUAGUAUUUUCAACAUUUCAACACUGAAAGUCCUUUCAUUGACAGACAAUAGCUUCACAGGCAAUCUUCCACCAAGCACAGGCCACCAAACUCUUCCAAAUCUUGAGGAAAUUUUUCUAUGGAUGAAUCAACUUAGUGGACCAAUUCCAAACUCUAUCUCCAAUGCUUCCCAACUCACAGCAAUAGACUUGGCACAUAACCCCUUUACUGGAAAUAUUCCCACCAAUCUUAGCAACUUGAGAUCUCUUCGAGUGCUCAACCUUGAGAAAAAUUACUUGAAUGGUGAAUCAUCUGCACAAGAAUUGAUGCUUCUCUCUUCCUUGACGAAUUGCCUGAAUUUAAGAUGUCUUGCCUUAUCGCAAAAUCCAUUGAAUGGUAUUCUGCCAAGUUCUAUUGGUAAUUUCUCUUCAGCACUUGAAAGCGUUGCUCUAGUAAAUUACGAACUUAAAGGGGGCAUUCCCAUGGAAAUUGAUAACUUAAGCAACGUAAUACUUAUAAGCCUUUCAAUUAAUGAACUAACUAGACUAGUUCCACCUACAGUCGAUAGAUUACAGAAGCUCCAGAUAUUUCUGAGAUAUCUGAAUUUGAGCUCUAACAAUCUCAGUUCUACUAUUCCAACAACCUUGUGGAGCCCUACUUAUAUUUUUGAGGUUUAUUUACAUUCGAACUCUUUGAGUGGCUCCCUUCCUUCAGAAAUUGAAAGUUUGAAGGUCCUCAACGUAGUUGAUUUAUCGGGGAAUCAACUAUCAGGUAAUAUAUCCAAUAGCAUUGGCAGACUAAAAGAUCUAAAGCAACUCUUACUUGCAAAAAGUAGUUUUCAAGUGAGGGCAGCUUGCUUGGCACUGGAAGUUUUGGCUCUAUAUACAAAGGAAUACUUUCGGAUGGAAAGGAAAUUUUGUACAAACAACAUUGAUUUCAAAGCCUUGGUAUUGGAGCUCAUGCGUAGUGGAAGCCUACAAAGAUGGUUGUAUUCUCACAACUAUUUUUUGGAUGUAGUCUCAAGGCUAAACAUUGUGGAAGAUAUUGCUAUGGCAUUGGAGUAUCUUCAACAGGGUAAUUCAACACCAAUUGUUCAUUGUGAUCUAAAACCCAGCAACAUACUACUGGAUGAAGAUAUGGUGGCACAUGUUGGUGACUUUGGCAUUGCCAAACUAUUGGGUGGAGGAGAAGCUAUGAGACAAACAAUGACAUUGGCAACCAUUGGCUAUAUGGCUCCAGAAUACAAAUACAAAAGCAAUGUUUAUGUGAACAUGUAUAGAGGCAAAUUGAAUUCUUUAAUAAUAUCAAUAACCCAGCCACUUGGUUUCCACACUUUUCAGGCAAGCACCUCCAAAGAUACAACACUCUUUUAUUACAGGUGCAAUCUGAGGAAGCCUCUGGUUGACAUCGUCACUUCUUUCCGUUUAUCAGGUCUUGCUCCAAUAGAAACCAUUAUACUUCCAAUGAUAGGAGUAGUAGUUAAUGGAAGAAAAGAGGUGAAGCCAGAAGACAUCACCUGA